GUUGGUCUAGGGCUUCAUUCCCCAAAUUUGAAAACAGAAAUUUCACUAUGUGACUGCGAUCAUAGACAGUUCCCGUAUUUCCACCCUCCCAACUCCGUCCUAAUCUGGAAGACCUCUGGGAUUGAGUCUACCCCUCCCUUCCUACUGUGCCUUCCAUUGGGCUAGAGUCAUUCUAAGCAAAUUUGGAUUCUCUGGUUCUUGAGUUCUGUUGCCAAAUCUUGCAUUAAAGAUCAAAAACCAGUGCCCUUUCUGUGCUUCAUCUAUCUAUAGCUUUUGUGGAAGGACAUGAUGCCUGGUAGGAACGAUCAUAACCUGGGAGUCAGGAGACCGAGAUCCACCAUGGGCUGGCUGUGUUGUGUGGGCAAGUCACUUAGCAUCUCUGAGACUUACGUUCCUCAUUUUAAAGUCAAAGGGCUGAAGUAGAUCAGUGUUUCCUGAAUGCUGGUCCUAGUCUGGGGAACUUUGAGGAAUCGAGUUCCCGGGCCUCACCCCUACAGCAUCUCAUUCCCAGGUCUUGGGCUAGUGCUCCAGAGUUUGUUUUUCAAAAGCUCAACAGAAGAUUCUUAGGCACCAUGACAUUUGAGAAGCACUGGACUAGAUCAUCUCUGAAGGCCUUUCCAGCUCUAUAAUUCUGUUCUGUUUAGAGCGUGUAAGGGUUUUAAUGAAAAGAAAAUGGUAUUAGAACACAGUGGCCCAAUGACACUCUGAUGUGCGGGGUUUAAGACUGUCAUUCAUUGCGCUUAAUAUUCCCGAGUGGAUGUCAGAGGGCAAAUGCUCCUUACUAGGGUCGCCCUUAUAUAUCAGCACCCCAGUUGAGUGAGAGUCCAGCUAGCUUGUCACUUUGUGAAAACACACAGCUACCUCCAUGGUAAUUCUGCCUCCAUCAUGUAAUUCAGCUAGAGAUUCGGCAACAGCAGGCCACCAAAGAAGCAACAUUAAGCAUAUUAUUAGCGUUGCAUUAAUGGAACAAGGCAAAAAGAUUUUCAUGGCACUGUAGCAGAUGGAAAGGAUUGUGGGGCACCGGGGUGGCUAAGUCGGUUGAGCUCAGGUCAUGAUCCCAGGGUCGUGGGAUCGAGCCCUGUGUCAGGCUCCACACUGACUGAGUGUGGAGGCUGCUUAAGAUUCUUUCCCUCCCUUUGUCUCUCUCUCUCUUUCUCUCUCUCAUUCUCAAAAUUAAAAAAAAAAAAAAAAAAAAAAAAAAAAAAAAAAAAAGAAGACAAUGGAAAGGAUUGUUUUCUAUGGCCUGGAGCUAGAUUUGCUGCUAGUUGAACGUGAAGAUCUCCCUUGAGGUCUCUCUUCCGUGAGAUCUGAAAGACUGAAGAAUCUGGAAUUAUUUUCUGAGUUUUUUCUGCCGUGCAUUUUUAGAUUACAUACAAGAGGUGCAUAGAUGCUUAGACCUGUUCACAGUACCUGUGGUAAUGGCACAGUAAUGCCAGGUGAUAUUACUAUACUAGGAAUAGUUACAGGUGAAUUCUUCUAGAUAUUGCAACUGUCCUUUCUCUCGCUCUGCAUUUUGCCCUGGUUUUUGAAUAUGCAUUCACGUCGCGGACUGACCUAGGUUCGAGUUCCCGGUGGCGACUGUUUUUAUACCUGAUCAGCCCUAAGCUCUCGAGGGUAAUCACUUAAAUCCAUCUCCCCUAAUCUUCCUUACCGGGCAGUGAGGUUUGAAAAACAAAACGAGACAAAACAAGAAGGAGCCAGAAGAGUUGAAGGGGAAGCACAGCUUCUUGGGCUCCUGGUGUCCAUUUUCUUUUUCUUUUUUCUUUUUUAAAUUUUGUUUAUGUUUAUUUAUUUCUGAGAGAGAGAGAGCUUAUUUAUUUCAGAGCAUGAGCGGGGGAGGGGCAGAGAGAGAGGGAGACACAGAAUCGGAAGCAGGCUCCAGGCUCUGAGCCGUCGGCACAGAGCCGGACGCGGGGCUCGAACCCACGAACCGUGGGAUCGUGACCUGAGCCGAAGUCGGCCGCUCAACCGACUGAGCCACCCAGGCGCCCCUCAUUCUCUCAUUUGUAAUCCGUGCCAAGAUGCCCUCCUUCCUCGGUCUAAAGUGUCUGGGGAAACUGUGCAGCUCUGAGAAGAGCGGCCUGUCCUCCUCCGAGAGAGCCAGCACCACGGGCUCGUGCAGAAGGACGCGGGUUGUCGAGGAUGUGCGUGUCACCAGCACCCCCCAGCCUGCGCACAGGCGUGCCACCAUCACUCACUUGUUGUACCUGCACCCCGAGGCCUACUGCACGCUGGAGCACUUGAUUAGCAACUUGGAUCCUCCCGUGGCACACCCUCAGGACCCUCACCACCCAUCGGAGAAGCCUGUCAUUCACUGCCAUAAAUGUGGGGAGCCAUGCAAGGGUGAAGUGCUUCGGGUCCAGACCAAACAUUUCCACAUAAAAUGUUUCACCUGCAAAGUGUGCGGCUGUGACCUGGCACAAGGGGGCUUCUUCAUAAAGAACGGCGAGUAUCUCUGCACCCUGGACUACCAGAGGAUGUAUGGGACACGCUGCCAUGGCUGUGGGGAGUUCGUGGAAGGAGAGGUGGUCACUGCCCUGGGCAAGACCUAUCAUCCCAACUGCUUUGCGUGUACUAUCUGCAAGCGCCCGUUUCCACCCGGAGACCGAGUCACGUUCAAUGGGAGAGACUGCCUUUGUCAACUGUGUGCGCAGCCAAUGUCGUCCAGCCCUAAAGAAGCCUCCUGCCCCAGCAAUUGUGCUGGCUGUGGAAGGGACAUCAAGAACGGGCAGGCGCUGCUGGCCCUGGAGAAGCAGUGGCACUUGGGGUGCUUUAAAUGCAAGUCCUGUGGGAAGGUUCUCACCGGGGAGUACAUCAGCAAGGACGGCGCUCCCUACUGUGAAAAGGACUACCAGGGGCUCUUUGGGGUGAAAUGUGAAGCCUGUCACCAGUUUAUCACAGGGAAAGUCCUGGAGGCAGGUGACAAACAUUACCACCCCAGCUGUGCACGAUGCAGCAGGUGCAAUCAGAUGUUCACAGAAGGAGAGGAAAUGUAUCUUCAAGGUUCCACCGUUUGGCAUCCCGACUGUAAGCAAUCUACCAAGACGGAGGAAAAGCUGCGGCCGCCAAACAUUCAUCGUUCUUCAUCCGAUUUCUUUUAUCCCAAAAGUCUGGUUCGACGCACAGGACGGUCUCCGUCUCUGCAGCUGUUAUCACCACCUUGUCUAGUGAACUGGGACAAAAACCCAAGGCAGCCUACCAGGACUUCCUCUGAAAGCAUUUAUUCUAGACCAGGUUCCAGUAUCCCUGGCUCCCCAGGUCAUACUAUCUAUGCAAAGGUGGACAAUGAAAUCCUGGAUUAUAAGGAUUUAGCAGCCAUUCCCAAGGUCAAGGCAAUAUAUGAUAUUGAACGUCCAGAUCUUAUUACCUAUGAGCCUUUCUACACUUCGGGCUAUGAGGACAAACAGGAGAGGCAGAGCCUGGGAGAGUCUCCAAGGACUUUAUCUCCGACUCCAUCAGCAGAAGGCUACCAGGAUGCUCGGGACCGGGUGAUCCACCGGUCCACCAGCCAGGGCUCCAUCAACUCCCCCGUCUACAGCCGCCAUAGCUACACUCCAACCACGUCUCGCUCUCCCCAGCAUUUUCACAGACCUGAGCUGCUGUCUCCUGGUGUGCGCCUGCGCACCAGCAGCCUCAGCUCCACCCACAGCGACUCCCGCCCCAACUCCCCCUUCCGACACCACUUCAUUCCCCAUAUCAAAGGCAAUGAGCCGUCCAGCGGCCGGAACUCCCCUCUCCCUUCCCGGCCAGACAGCCGCCCUGUCACUCCAACUUACGCUCAGGCCCCUAAACAUUUCCAUGUUCCAGAUCAAGGGAUCAACAUUUACCGAAAACCACCCAUCUACAAACAGCAUGAUGCAGCUGCCUUAGCAGCCCAGAGCAAGUCUUCAGAAGACAUCAUCAAGUUUUCCAAGUUCCCAGCAGCCCAAGCUCCAGAUCCCAGCGAGAUACCAAAGAUUGAGACGGAACACUGGCCUGGGCCCCCCUCACUUGCCGCCGUAGGAGCCGACAUGAGACGCAGAUCUAGUGGCAGAGAGGAAGAUGACGAGGAGCUUCUGAGGCGCCGGCAGCUGCAGGAAGAGCAACUGAUGAAGCUCAACUCAGGCCUGGGGCAGUUGAUAUUGAAAGAGGAGAUGGAGAAGGAGAGCCGGGAGAGGUCGUCCCUGUCAGCCAGUCGCUACGAUUCUCCCAUCAACUCAGCUUCACAUGCUCUGUCAUCUAAAACCUCAUCUCUCCCAGGCUAUGGAAAAAAUGGGCUUCACCGGCCUGUUUCCACAGACUUUGCUCAGUACAACAGCUAUGGGGACGUCAGCGGCGGAGUCCGAGACUACCAGACUCUCCCAGAUGGCCACAUGUCCGGAACAAGAAUGGACCGGGGGGUGUCCAUGCCCAACAUGUUGGAACCAAAGAUAUUUCCAUAUGAAAUGCUGAUGGUGACCAACAGAGGGCGCAACAAAAUCCUAAGAGACGUGGACAGAACCAGGCUGGAGCGCCACUUAGCCCCAGAAGUGUUUCGGGAAAUCUUUGGAAUGCCCAUACAGGAAUUUGACAAGUUACCUCUUUGGAGACGCAACGACAUGAAGAAGAAAGCGAAACUCUUCUAGGCCUCCCCCGCCCCCUGCCCGCCCCCGCCCCGCGUAGACAGCAGGUAGAAAAAGGACUGACGUGGCGGUGACACAUAAGAUGUUGUGUUAAGGCCCAAACUUGAUUGGAGAACUUUCAAGCUGCUGUCCCUCAGCAACGACGAAAGGGGAAACCUGGUGAAAACACCCACGAGCCAAACUUCGGACCCACCACCGGCAACACUUGCCAAGAAGCAACAGGAUAGAAAUUUCUGUGUUCCCCACACUCGUGACCUUUUUCCAUCACCUUAUGUACGCGACAGUUCCUAUAACUGUUGUCUCACAAUAGUGCUGACCGUGUGGGUAAGAGCCAGCACAUGCCCUUAGGACGCCGCAUGGAAAAAAAGCAGCUGUAGUAAUUCCGAGGUAGGAAUAUAUUUAUUAUGUAGCACUGUGGCUAAGAAGGAAGAGCCUGAGGGGCAUAUCCAUGCGGGCACACCGCUUUGCGCACCCCUGUCCUCACUGGCCUCGCGAAGCCCGACCUGCGCCCCCCAGCAGGAUGCAAAUCAGAGUCGGGGCACCGGGCCAGCUCUGCUCUGAGGGGGCUGAAUAGCAGCCAGAGUCAUUUUUAACACGCUCCUUUUUUCUCUACUGUUUGCUAGGACCUGGUUGGCAAAUUACUUAGUUAUUAUUUAAAAACAAAAAAAAAAAAUUUUUUUUUUAAGAGAAAGAGAGGGAAAUGGAAUGAAAGGAAUAUCUCCCUUCAUUCUUUUCCUGCUUCAGACUGUGUGCUUCAUUCAGCCUCCCCACCACGGACAGCAGCUGUCCCCCGGCCCCACCGCCCAGAAAGGAAAGGGAGAGGUUCUCUCCGGUUGUGUGCUGUUAGAUGACUUUUGCCCAAGGGGGCCGCGGCACUCUUGGCAAAAAAAAAAAAAAGAAAUGUGUCCCGCCCACGCUAGUCCUUCUUCCACCCAGCAUCCUCUGAAUCCGAUCAAGCCCACCGGCGUUUUGGGGGGGGGGGAGGUCUUUUCAGUAGUCGGCUAAGGAAAGGGCACGCUUUUCUCUCUGCAAUCUCUGCAACUCCAGGGUACAUUGCUUCAGACUGAUUUAAUUUGGCCUUUUCAGCUUUCCUUCUUUGCCUAGCUCUGUUGACUUCAUGGUGUGUGCGUGUGUGUGUGUGUGUGUGUGUGUGCGCGCGCGCGUACGUGGACGCACCCAGGGUAGUUUGGGGAGUCUGCGUGUACUUUUACAUCUCAUUUCUGCUUGAACGUUUGUCUGGCCGGGCGGCAGCUUUUCCAAGGAACAUUUGCACACGUGCGCCUGACUCAAAGGGCGAGAGUGAGGCUACACCGCACCCAACAAGGCAUCCUUCGUGGAAGGGUGUUGGUGUCAGAAGCCAGCAUCCUCCGUGAUUGAUGGAGCUCAGGUCAGCAGCACGCCGAGGAGGAAACAGACCUCCGAUCGGGCUGUGUGUGGAGCUCGGAGCAUCGCACCAGAGUUCACCAAUUUGGCAACACGAGAUUUAAAGCGGGGCCUAGGAUUUCACCAAAACGCGCGUGUAAGACCGCGUCACGGUUCCCGGCAGCUUCCGGCCGUGGCUCAAAUGACCUGUGAGUCGGAUGAGGGAGGGUCUCUCCAGCUCCACACACGGGAGGCUUUCACAUGUAUUCGUGUGCACUGGGGGCUCUGCCUAGGAAUUGAAACUCUGUUUUAAAGCCAAAGGAGAAAUCAUGCGAAUUCUCUUCCUAUGCCUCUGAUAAUAAAGGCUCAGAAGUUCUUCCUGCUGGCACCAAGUAUUUGAACUAGUUGGUAACUGACUCCCGUGGUAAAAAGCAAGGAAACUUGUUCCAGGACCUGUACUGCGAACCUCUAACUUGUGACGCACUCCAUCACGCGGGUGCUGUGCUGAGCUCUGGGCCUGCUCAGUAGCACUGUCCUGCACCCUCCCCAAGGGGAUCGAAAGCCGCCUGUCCUUUCAGUGCUAGACACUGAAUGUUUGAGGACUGUUCUCACAAAUAGGAGUGUGUGUGUGUGUGUGUGUGUGUGUGUGUGCGCACAUUGGACCUACUAACGCGUUUUGCAAGUGGCUCUGAUGGAGUGGACGAAAGAAGACCGGCUCCUCCUGGGUCUGAAGCCUCCGGACCGCAGCUCGCAGUUUAGUGCCUCUUGCCUCGUUCAGUAUUUCUGCCGCCCCGACUUCCCUCCGACCUCUCCUGCACCUGCCACCUCAGGCCCGCGUAUCCUAGUCCUUGCUUUGCCCUGGCCCAGUGGGAGGAGUGGAGACCAGAGGGUAUUCCCAGUAAUCGGUCACAAGCAUGGCCAAAUGGGUGCCCGUGCUAGGCUGGUGGAGAGAAGUUUUUCAUUACGGGGAUAAGAAAGGGCCCUCCAUGGUUUCAUUGGUUAAUGAAUUAUGACUCAUGUGCACAUAGAUCAAAUGUCAGUGGGAGAAAAAUUGCAGUGGUAGUUAAAGAUCCGAACCAAAACCUCCCACCAAUGAAACUCUACUUCUGUUGUAUCUUUUGAAUUCAAUUCUGCAUCCAACUCGGGGAUCGGGGGUGGGAAGCUUCUUUCCGUAUUGAGCGUACUAGCUCACUUAAACUGCACCAUGCAAAAAUGCAUUACCAGAAAACGUCAGUAGCCUCCCGUCUGCGGGCAGAGCAGCGCUGUGCUCUGGGGAGGGGUUGUAGACAACCAUAACGUGGAGCGGGUUCCCCGACUCCACUCCCGGCAGAAGACUCCAGCUGGAGGGAUGGGCCGUGGGGCAACCUGGUUCUCCUAACUGCCAAAUCUAUUCUAUAGGCUACAAUGGCCUCUCCGUUUUUUUAAAAACCGGGCUCAGCAUGCUUGUCCUCGGUACGUCCAGGCCACCGUGCAGGACAUCCGCGUUCUCUGCUUGAACCCCACUCUGCACGGCACAUAAAAAUUCCACUUGUUAACGCAGCCAAAGGAACAGAGAUCGUUCCCUCUAGGGAAGGACUCCCACAGCUGGCAAACUUUCCUGGCACGUACCCCAAGGGCUCCAUUUUUGAGGGUUGGGCCUACUUCCAAUUCCUUAAGCACACACGGAUUGCAUGAAGCAAAAGAGGCCUCUGGCAACGUGGAAGUCAGUGCUUCCUUUACGGUUUCUCCCAGGAGAGCCAGGAUCCCAUUUAGUCUUCCUGUGGGGUGUAAGAGGAGACGUGAAGACCAUUUGGGAACUAGUACAGCCCGCUGUGCACCCACAUUUUGGUUUGGGUUAGUUAGGAAAUGUUCUUCAUGCGACUCGUUCAAUAACUAGCAGUAAACUGCCUGUUCUGUGCAACCUCACGCAGAAGAGCCAGAGUUCAUGGGCACUGUGGCCCGCACUCCCCGUGCAGCUCACGUUCUCAGUCUGGUUGUGCCCGUCAACUCUACCUAGAGAAGUCUUGCUGGAAAUGUUUAUAAAACUUUCACCUAAUUUCUUUACACUUGAAAGCAAACACCUUUUUCUAAAGAAUUGCUUCUCAGAUGAUUAUAUCAAAUAUAUACGCUUUUGCAAGUUAAAAAAAAAAAAUUCAAAUUCACUACUUUUGACUAGGUAGGUCUUUCUAAAAAUUCUUUCAAAAAGCUUGGUGUUAGCGUCCGGCGCGUCGAAGGGGCAGGUGAGCCCUCUCUCUGACUGUCAGGAAAGAUGGUGGAAGGAAAGGAACUCCGUGUCGUCCCCCCUUCUGUGUCCUCUGAGGCAAGCUCGAUUUUUAGAUCACGUCUUCUGCAUUCCUGGUCACUGUUCAGUCUACACUUCCUCGGCCAGCCUUGACCUUCUUGAUCUUUGAAAUUCUUUUCUUUUGAUAAACCAAGUGUUUGUGAGUAAGCCCCUACAACUCACUCAUGAGUACUCCCUUUUGAAGAAUGUUCUCUUAAAAAAAGAUGAUUUCAGGCUUGAGAUUUACAGUCGACGCCAUCUUAGAGUGUAAUGUACAUUAAGGAAACUACCCGACUGUGUCGUAAUGAAAGAAAGCGAAACGUUGACUCUGGCCUUUAAAAAAAAAAAAAAAAAAAAAAAAAUCGCUUUCCAUUUGUUGCCCAGGAAGCAAUGAGGAGAUGGUGAUGGAUAUGCUUUGCAUGUGGAUUUUUGUGUUUUCAUUUGGGCAAAUGUAACUUAUGGCAAACUCAGAAAAGGGGGAGGUGGUCCCUUUAAGCUGAAAGAAACUUUCGAAACAAUGUAUGCAGACACAACAAAAUCGAAUCCAACAUUUUCUGACGCUUGAUGUAAUCGACUGGCAAUUGUUAUCAUUAAAUAAAAUUCUUCCCCAAAGUGUCUUUCUCAAGAGUGAAGAUCCCAUGAGUCACUUUUGGAACCUAUUCACCAAAGGUAGCAGGAGACAAUACUAUUUACGCCAACAUCCAGAAAGGUGGUGAGCCACUUGAUGAUGGUCUAUGCCCAUGUUUCUUUAUCCUGUGGAAGAGAAAACAGUUGUCCACGAUAUCGAUGUUCCUCUUGGGUUCCGUGUACAGACCCGUCCGGUAACAAAUGCGUGUGGUUUCUGUGAGUGGCCGACAAAUCUCUUACCAUCCUUUCCUUUUGAGUUUGGUUUAAUGGAGUUGUUUUUUUUUUUGCAAGUGUCAAAAGACGUCCAGUUCUUCCUGCCCUCCCCUUUCAGAAAUAUGAAAGUGAAUAUUUGGAAGAGCUGCUGUUGGAAAGAUGUGUCGUGUCCCCCGUGAAAGUGAGUGGGUGUCCGUCUGUGCCCCGAAUACCACAUACUAAUAUGCAGAGGCAGGGGCGGCCAGCUGGCCCCACGUCGCUGUGCUUUAUGGCCCCGACCUGCCCCACGCUCCUGUCGCAAGCAGCACUUGCCGCUUCCCUGCCCCAUACUCUGUGUCACUGUUGUGCACUCGCCACUCAGUGAAUAAAGUGUGUGCUUUAUUCUGUUCA